UUACUGUCUGGAGUUUUGCAAAGUUUCAUUACUCAGUUAACUUCCGCCUUCGACAUCAAUUCAACCUCCAUUCCCCCCACUCUCAUGGUGUUCUCUUCCUGUCUCCCUCCGGAACGGAUAGCCUAACGCUUGCUCAAGCUGAUUCACAGAGUGUUGAGUUUUUUAAUUUUUAAUUUUCCCAUUAAAUUUUGGAUAUGGAAUUAUCUAGCUGUGUUUUCAGCUCGCGGAUAUGCGGUUCUUCUCUUUGGAUUGAUCGACCAAGAAUGCCGUUGAACACCUCAUGGAAAAACAUUGACAACACCAGAUGUUCAUCUGCUCGUAAAAAUUCAAACACUAAAAUUUUUGGCUGGCGAGUUGUGGGGAAAGAAGCAAAUCCAUGUAUUGGAUGGAGUUUUCUUGGAGGAUCAAUAACCAUUGAUGCAUCAAAACAUAGAAGAAAAAUUCUCAGAAGAAAAGGCUUGGUGACAUGUGCUUCAUGGCUCCCUAACUAUCAGAUAGCUAGCAGUGCUUUUACAUUGGGGACAGUAGCAGUACUUCCAUUUUACACCUCAAUGGUCGUAGCCCCACGAGCUGAGUUUACUAAGAAACUCGUGUCGAGCAGCAUGCCAUACAUUGUUCUUGGCAUAUUAUAUGCGUAUCUAUUGUAUCUGUCCUGGACGCCCGAUACAAUACGGCUGAUGUUCGCAAGUAAAUACUGGUUACCUGAGCUGUCGAGUAUAUCGAAGAUGUUCUCUAGUCAGAUGACUCUAUCUUCUGCUUGGAUCCACUUGCUGAUAGUCGAUCUUUUCGCUGCAAGACAGGUUUAUUUCGAAGGCCUACGAGACAACAUAGAGACGAGGCAUUCUGUUUCUUUGUGCCUGAUGUUUUGUCCCAUUGGAAUUCUUGCACAUUUUAUCACCACAGCUAUAAGCAAGAACCGUUGAAGCUUUUGAAAAAGAACGUUGA